UCCCAUUCACAGACACCAAACAUGGCGGCCGCUUCAGUAGGAAAAGAGAUUAUAGAGUUGUCAACUUUCAACACAGUGGAUGACUUAACAUGCAGUAUUUGCUUGGAUCUGUUCACGGUACCCAAGAAGCUACCAUGCGGUCACAUCUUCUGUGAGGACUGUCUUUUUGAACACGCUGCGGUGCAGGUACCCUUCCUUUGCCCACUCUGUCGGUCAACCAUCAAAAUACCUCUCAAAGGUAUACCCGACUUGCCUAAUGGUCGUCUGGAUCUAGAUGUUUGUGAUAGAAUCAAAGAGUUCCAGAAACCUGAAGAAGAAAAGUGGAUCGAAUGCAGGUCGUUUGGCGGAACUGGGUCGCAAAGGGGAAAAUUUCGCGGGCCUCGCGGUUUGGCUGUGUCAGACAGAGGUGAGAUCUUCGUAGCGGACUACAGAAACAAGAGGAUUCAAGUCUUUGACUUCCAGGGAACAUUCCUCAGCUAUUUCUACACGGUACUGCCAGAAGAGGAACUCUACCCGUAUGGUCUUACACUGGACAGUGGAGGAAAUAUAUGGGUCGUCGGGAGAGCGUCAGGAAAACCAACGCCUGCCUCCAUGUCGUCUUCGUUGGCCAUGUUAGGCUACUGCGGUAUGACUACAUACUCUAGCCAAUACGAAAGAGAGCUUUCAUCAUCAUCUACUUCUCGUGACUUUGCCGCGCUGUAUACCAGACAGGGUCGGUAUUUGAUCCACUUCGACAUCCAGAAGACAAAGUGGGCGGCGAGAGGAGUCGCCAUGGAUACAAAAGAGAACAACGUUAUCGUUACAAAAGUUGCUGAGAAUGGUAACAGUGUGAUACAGGUUUUCAAGCAGAAUGGGACACUUUUGAGAACUGUUGGUGAUGAACAGGGAAUGGAGUACCCACACUACGUCACCGUGGACAAGGAAGGAAGGGUUCUGGUCUCAGACAGUGCUGGUCCAUAUGUCUAUGUGUAUGACCAGGAAGGGGAGUUUCUCUUCAAGUUUGGAGGGUGGGGAGAGGGGGAGGGUCAGCUAAACCGACCCCAUGGUAUCUGCACGGACAGUUUAGGACGCAUCUUUGUAGCAGACAGUGGUAAUGACCGCGUGGACAUGUUUGACAGUAGUGGAGAGUUUCUGUCCCACGCUAUUUCUGACAUAAAGCAGCCACUGGCUGUAGCCACGACUAGGAGGGGAAAUCUUAUUGUUUCUAACAGUGAAAUGUAGUUACUGUUUACCACAACUAAAAGACAUUCCAAAACGACAGUCAGACAAGACAUGUUUAACAGUAGUGGUGGGUUUCUCUCCCACUCCAUUACUGCUAUAAAACAGCUUUUACCAAGACGAGAAGGAGGAAUCUUGUUGUAUAUAUCUAACAGUGAAUAUGUAGUUACGGUUUUCCACAAGUAAUUUUGCGGUGGAUUUAAGUUCGCGGAAGCGACAUAGACUGUAGUCACAUACUAUGAUUGAAAAAUGUUCCCGGUGGUUUUGAUUAUAAGUUCGCGAUGAAGUGGCCACAGCGAAAAACGCAAACAUUUCUGCAUUUACAGAAAUUUCUUUCCCUGGAUCUAGCGUAAUAUGUAACUCUGUUGCAAAUAGCAUCAGUGUAUCAAGAAAACUUUCGUAAUCUAUCAUAGGUACAUAUACGCAUGUUACCUUCCACAUUAUAGUUUAAUGUUUAAAUGUGCAAUAUGCAUACGAUCAUAAUUAAUAUUGUAACGCUGUCUGGUUCGAAUUUUUGUGCGAGAAAAUAACACAACUGCGUGGCCCAAUUCCUCUGUGGAUAGGCAUUCUCUUAAUCACUGAAGAAUGAUUUUUUUCCCCACAGACAAUGACUUAGGCUUCUGCAUUUCUUUACCAGUAUCAAAGGUGACAUAGCAGACCUUUGACCCGUGUUUGUAUGAUCCAUAUUUCAUGUGAUCGCAUGACAUGUAUUGUAUGUUAAAGGUCGUAGAACACCGCAUUUAUGGGCGACCCCCCUUUUGUGGUCAAAAGUAGGUCGGGCACA